CACACUCUCUUAUGAGGAAAUAAAACUGAUCUGAGUCUCUCUGUCGUCUGUCUGUGUGAGAGUGAACAACCGUCCAAAUGGCUCAACAGGGAGUUCUGCUGGACCAGGACCAGUUCUGUUGUUCUGUCUGUCUGGAUCUACUGAAGGAGCCGGUCACCAUCCCCUGUGGACACAGUUACUGUAGAAUCUGUAUUGAGGGCUACUGGGAUCAGGAUGUUCUGAAAGGGGUCUAUAGCUGUCCUCAGUGUAGAGAGACCUUCACUCCAAGGCCUAAUCUGAGGAAAAAUAACAUGUUGGCUGAGCUGGUGGAGAAACUGAGGAAGACAGGACUCCAGGCUGCUCCCCCUUCUGCUCUGUGCUAUGCUGGACCUGGAGAUGUGGCGUGUGAUUUCUGCACUGGGACCAGAAAGCAGAAAGCCCUCAUGUCCUGUCUGGCGUGUCUGGCCUCUUACUGUGAGACUCACCUCCAAUCUCACUAUGAAUUUCCUGGUUUCAAGAAGCACAAGCUGGUCAAAGCCACCGCACAACUACAGGAGAAGAUCUGCUCUCAUCAUGACAAACUGCUGGAGGUUUACUGUCGUACCGAUCAGCAGUGUAUCUGUAUGCUGUGUACAAUGGAUGAACAUAAAGGCCAUGAUACAGUGUCAGCUGCAGCAGAGAGGACUGAGAAACAGAGGCAGCUGGGGAUGAGUCAGCAGAAGGUCCAGCAGAGAUUCCAGGAGAGAGAGAAGGAGCUGAAGAAUCUCCAAAAAGCUGUGAAGUCUCUCAAGGUGAGUAUUGUUGACCAGAGGAGACACACCAUUUCACUUCUCUUCUCCAAUCAGAGAGAGGGUGAGGGGCCCCUAUCCAAUCCCACUGACCCCACUGUUGGGAACAGGCUGUCUGGACCCCUUUCAGAGAAUAGACUGUUUAAUGUAACUGACGGCAUAUGAACCCAGGUCUACCGC